AUGAAGCGGCGUAACAUUGCGUGGAUGCAUACCGCGUUCAACCACACAGACCCUUCCCAAUUGGACGUUACCCUCGUCCCUCCGACAGAGAAGAUUGGGCAGAGCACUCCUUACCCAUGGAUCGAAGACCCAGAGGACUUCAUGAUCCACUUGUCCAAGUGGAAGAGUCUCAACUAUUACGCAGUGGACGACCUCCCAGACGAUCGUCACGAUCUUGACCUUCGUCCCAUUUUUCGGUCCCCUAACUUCGCGCCACAGAAGAUCAAGCUCGAGUUUCCAUCCGUUGCGCCGGAAAGUGAAUGUCGGGUGCUGGUCGACGGUGAAUUGUUUGGAGGCCAUCUGCCUUCAACUCUUGAAGCAGUUCACCUCCAGUCGUGCGCCGUGCGCGUCCACUCGCCUUUGUUCCAGGCUUCAUCACGUCUGAAGAUACUCAGAUUCGAAUGGUGUCGCUUCAUAGGCGAACGCACGCUCUCUGACGUUCUCCUCGCUAUUCAUGAUCUGCCUUGCCUUAACGAGUUCUCACUCCUUGCUACCACCGACGACCUGCUGCCACCUGCAAACAUUCACGCUCUGGACCCCGCGCAUGUGAUCAUCCUGCCCGCCCUGCGGAGAAUCACGAUAGACCUACCGUUUUCAUAUGCGACUUGGAUGUUCCGGGCGCUUGAACUAGACUCUAAAUGUGUCAUCCACGCAUACAUGUCCAAUCUUGGUACAGACGUGGACGCCACCGCACUGUGCACCACGAUCGACGCUGCGUUCGGGAAUUGGGCAAACGCCGCAUUAUCUGGAUCCGAGCCAAACUCGCGCGUCGUGGGAUUGGCCGUCGGGUUUGAAGGUCUCGUCGGUGGGAACAGGAGCGGCGCAUGGCUCAGUCUUUAUACCGAAAGCGCCAUGCUCGAAAAGCCGCCCGAGGCUCGUCUCGAAAUCAACCUCUCAGGCGUUCUAGACGUCUCCGAGGAUAUUCUUCGGGCACUCUGCAGUCACAUCGUUGUGAACUGGACCGCGAUACGCAGCGUUACGUCCAUCGCCGGUAUGAACAUGCCGGACGGACUAUGGAGAGACAUCCUUGUUGUUGCAAGAGACGUGAAUUACAUAGACGCGACUCAUCGCUUAGGAGAUCUGCCGGACGUCCUGGUCGCACUCUUGAACUCAUCGCCGUCCGAUGGUGGACGCCCGCCACUGGCCAGCCUCGCCACCGUCUGUAUCGAGAGCUUGACAGAGCUCGCCAGCGGCGCGAUAUCAUUUGCUACGCUCAUGGCGGCUCUUGGAAGGGCAGUCACAGGAGCUAUGACAGGCCCCGAGGAGCGUGAGUUACGCGUGACAGGAAAGUCCAUCAUACACGAUCAUGACCAGACUCCAUCAUCGUACAAAGUCCCUGUCAACUACAAUCCGACGACGUGA